AUGGGCGGGUGUGUGGGCUCUCACCACGACUCUUCGGGCAGCCUGAAUGAGAACUCGGACGGCACUGGAGUUGCCCUUGGCCGUAAUCAGCCCCUGAAAAAGGAGAAACCAAAAUGGAAAAGCGAUUACCCCAUGACAGAUGGACAGCUACGUAGCAAGAGAGAUGAAUUUUGGGACACAGCACCUGCUUUUGAAGGCCGCAAGGAAAUCUGGGAUGCCUUGAAGGCUGCAUCACAUGCGUUUGAGAACAAUGAUCAUGAACUGGCACAAGCAAUCAUUGAUGGUGCAAAUAUAACUUUACCACAUGGUGCUUUGACGGAGUGCUAUGAUGAACUGGGAAACAGAUACCAGCUUCCUGUCUACUGCCUUGCCCAACCCAUCAACAUGAUAGAAGAGAAGGGUGAUCUAGAGACUCUGGAUUUUCCGGAUCCUCCGCCUAACUCCGGUCACGAAUGCCAGCUUCGUUUACGCCUCUCAACAGGCAAAGACCUCAAACUUGUGGUUCGCAGUAUGGACACUGUGUAUCACAUGAAGAGACGAUUACACACAGUGGAAGGCGUAGAACCUAGAAGUCAGCGAUGGUUUUUUUCAGGACGGCCACUCGCAGACAAAAUGAAACUGGAGGAACUGAAAAUACCAAGGGAUUAUGUGGUGCAAGUAAUUGUGAGCCAGCCCUUAACAAAUCCUGUCUUGGUGGAGAACUGAUUUUUGCCUAUAUGCCUCUUCUUUCCUUUCCCUGCUCUUCUAUUAUGUGGGAACUUUUUCACUUUCCAUUCUCUCCUACAAAAGGUUUGGUU